AUGGUACACGAGGGCACGGGUCUAUGGCACGACGCGGGAUUCAGCGUAUCGAGGUGGCUGAUGAUCAUAAUACACGGAUACCGGGCCACCACCCUUCUGCUAUCCAUCCUACUUAACGUGCUGGUGCGAACCGGUGAGUAUGUACACCCCGAUUGUCCGACGGCGGUCACCGCGGAGAUAGUCACCGCGAACGUGAACUCGCUGGACGCAGGCAUCACCGGGAAACCGCUGGACAUCGACCUGUCGCCGACCAUACCGAUGACCUUUAAUACCACGAACUCGACGAUGAUCUCCGCCCAGUCCGGAUCCACGGCCAUGCUGCCCUGCGUCGUCCAUAAUCUCGGGGAUGGAGUGGUGUCGUGGAUCAAGCGAAAGAACGCCCAGGAGUUACUGACCGUCGGACUGACAACGUACGCGAACGACGAACGAUUCCAGGCGAGCCAUUUCCUCAACAGCCUGGACUGGACUCUUCAAAUAAAAUACGUUCAACCGAGGGAUGCCGGAUUGUACCAGUGCCAAGUGUCCACCCAUCCACCUACGAGUAUAUUUCUGUUCCUGGAGGUUGUCGAAGCCAAGGCAGAGAUAGCCGGUCCCAUGGAGAAGUUCGUGAGGCCGGGCAGCACCCUGCAGCUCCACUGUGUCGUGAAAAAAUCGACCGAGACGCCCUCGUUUCUAUUCUGGUACCACAACUUCCGGAUGAUCAACUACGACGUCGAUCAGGGGGUCAAUGUCAGCACCGAUCUGACGGGUCGCGAGAGCUGGUUGGAGGUGCCGCGCGCGUCCGAUCGUCAUUCCGGAAAUUACACCUGCGAGGCGAGCAACGCGCAGCCGGCCCGUGUCCUGGUGCACGUGUUCAAGGGGGAUAAUCCGGCGGCCAUGCAGCACAGCAUCGCGUCCUCGCCGUCCGUCAUGGCGUGCAGCGCCCUGCUGAUGAUGUUCGCCACGUUGAAGCUGGUGCUGCACUCCACCACCACCAACUGACCGUCGUGCGCCGGCACGCGCAUAGCCAGACGGAUCUAGGGAGAACACGUCCACGUCGGCACCGACUCGGAGAAAUCUUGUGGCGUGACAUGUGCUAUGU